UCUGUCUCGGUUCCUCAUUUCCCUGAGACUCAGCUCCAGCCUCCGGUAUCUACCUCCCCAAUAGUCAUGGUACUCAUCUGGGUCCUUUUCAUCCUGAGCUUUGCACCUCUGCUCAUGUGUCAGCAGCCAGACUGUGUCAAUCUGACUUCAACCCUCAAUGACACCAUAAUAGACCAGGAGUCUGGCAAGUGGUACUACGUUGCUUCAGCAUUUGGCUACCUUCCAUACCGAAAAGAGGCCCAGACAAUCCAGUCAUCCUUCUACUACCUGAUCCCCAACAAGACAGAGGACACAUUCCAAGGAAAAGAGUACAAUACAGUUGGAGACAAGUGUGUGUAUCAGGAAGGUGAGAUCUUCUUCAACAGAACCGAAGGAACCAUUUUAAAGAUUGAGUCAGAUCAGCAGCAACAUGUUGGCCACAUUGCGCUGACCCAGGACCCGAAUGCUUUUUUGAUUCUCUACUUUCCAAAUGACAAAGUCUUUGGAGGAGUGUCUCUUUCUGUUCGAACCCAGAAGGCCUCUGAGGAGCAGCUGAAAGAGUUCCAGGAGAUUGCCAAGUGCCUGGGCUUCCAAGAGGAGGAGCUUCUAUACACAGAUUGGAGCAAGGAUAAGUGUGAGCCCUUGGAGAAGGAACACAAUCACAAUCGGAAGGAAAGCCAGGAUGCCAAGGAUGUCUCCAGGGCAGAAGAUCUCUCCUAGACCAGGAUGGCCCAGCUCCCUGGUGGCCUCCAUUGUCAAUCAAUCCAGAGGCCAGUUAAAUAAAUAAACAUGGUCACUCUACUCCAA